AUGGAAAGCACAAGGCAGAAACAGUCAGGAAGAUCCAUGAGCAAGCCAGAAGGAACAUUGAGGCUAAAACCAAGCAGUAUGCUCAACAAGCCAACAAGGGCCGAAAGGAAGAUCUUUGAAGUGGGAGACAAGGUUUGGAUCCAUCUGCGCAAAGAGAGAUUUCCGGCCGAGCGCAAAUCCAAACUUAUGCCAAGGAUAGAUGGACCAUUUGAGAUCACCAGAAGAAUCAACAACAACUCCUACCAAAUUGAUCUCAAGGUAAAUGAACCAGAUUUGAGGACAAAUCCUUUUCAAGAGGGAGGGGAUGAUAUGAUCAUGGAGGAGGUUGCUAGGAACUUGGACCAGGAAGCAGCUGGAGAGCUUGUAGCAGAGGAGCAGCUUGAACCUGAGGAAGCUUUGGACUUGACCAUACCAACUGGUCCCAGUUACAAGGUCCCAAACUAA